GAGCUACAGCCAGAGACUGCGUGAGCUAUAGCUAAAUACUGCCGGAGCUACAGCCAGUCUGCCGGAGCGACUGGCAGAGAUUGUGUGAGCUCCAGCAAGCUACUGCCUGAGCUCCAGCCAGUGCCCCUUCUCUGAGUGGAGCCACGGGGCCAUGGCGAGUGCGGCUCCCAGCGGUCGCGAGGCUCCAGGGGAGUUGACCUGCCCCAUCUGCCUGGACGCCUUCCGCUGCCCCUGCACGCUCAGCUGCGGCCACUCGUUCUGUCUCAAGUGCGUGGAGGGCGCCUGGGAUGCGGCCGAGUCCUUCUCCUGCCCACAGUGCCGAGUGACCUUCCCUCAGAGGCCCAAGCUGAACAAGAGCGUGACGCUUACCAACCUCAUCGAGCAGCUGCAAGUGGCUGAGCCCACAUCUACCGAUGAUACUGCUUCUGCUGUUUGCUGCGAUUAUUGCAGGAAGCUCGCAGUGAAGACUUGCCUCAAGUGUGAGACGUCGUUCUGUAUGACCCACGUCGCGCCCCACCAGAAGUUGACAAAAUUUAGUGACCACGUCCUUGUGUCGCCCGGUGUGAACUUGGAGAAUCGACGGUGUAUGGAGCACAGAGACGAGUACCGCUUCUACUGCGUUAACGAUGGACGCCUCGUCUGCAGGGACUGCACCAUCACUGUGGAUCAUCGAGGGCACGAGCUCGUCACUCUGAAGGUGGAGCACGACAAACGAAUGAAACAAGUGGGAGAGGAGACACGGGCGGUGGAGGAGAAGAGGAGGGAAGUGGAAGAGUCCGUGAGGCGGAUGGAGGCCGCUCGCAGGGACGUGCAGGGAUCCAUGGCAGAUGAAAAUGCCUCAAUCUCGGUCAGAUCCGCCCGCACGAGAGCAGCGUUGGAUGCGGAGGAGAAGGCGGCUUUAGAGCAAGCGGAGCAGAAAGGGCGUGAGCAGCUGUCCCAGAUCGAGAAGAAGAUCGCUCACUACCAGCGCGAGAUCAGCGAGCUCCAGGCAGCAGCCACUCGCCUGCAGGCCCUAGCGCAAGAGAGGGACUCGCUCGCGUUCCUACAGGUCCACCUGAAGGAGACGCACAGGACAGGGAGGGUAACAGCAGAUCCACCCUCAGCUCCCAGUCAAGAGGACAUUGCCUCACUGAAAGUCCUGGAGACAACUGGAGUCAAACUCCUGUACGGACGCUCGCCGACUCUGGACACGAACUCAGCUAAUAACUACCUCCAGAUCUCCUCGGAUCUCAGGACGAUGACGCUGAGCCCUGCCUCCCAGGGUCGCCCUGAUCACCCACACCGGUUUAAUAGUUGUGCACAAGCCAUGUGCUGUGAGAGCUUCUCGUCGGGCUACCGCUACUGGGAGGUGGACGUGGGGGACGCGCGGUGGUGGCGGGUUGGAGUCGCGUACUGGACGAUCCCACAGAAAGGGAGUGGUAGUACACAGCAGCUGGGAUGGAGUGACGCGUCCUGGUGUUUAGAGAAAUGUUAUAACAGCUUCUCAGUGUUUCAUGGUGGAGUGAAGACAGUACUGUCGGAGAGGGGGGCCCCCUCCCCCCGCAGAAUCGGGCUUUACCUGCACUGGGAGGGGGGGCUCCUGGCGUUUUACUGCGCUGACUCCAUGGAGGUGAUCCACGAGGUUCGGAAGAGAUUCUUGCAGCCUCUCUACCCUGGGAUGUGUCUGGGGUAUUGUAAUGAUCGAUUGAAGAUUGUGGAUCUGAGUCGUGCAUCCUGAGGAUGAGGAGAGAUAGAAACCCAAGAAACCGAGACAGAAACCCAAUAAACGGAGGAGAGGGGGGAUGGUGAGGAGAGGGUGAAGUGAGGUUGAGGUAAGGUGAGGCGAGAAUGGAGGAGAAAGUGAGGGAAGGUGACGGGUGAGUAUGGAGGGUGAUUGUGAGGGUGAAGGGUGAGG